CGUAUCACAGCAUAUCGUACGUAUCAUUGUGCAGAGGGCGGACAUCACGUAUACUCGCAACGGACGAGUGCAUUUCGUUCGUCGACGCGGUGUCUCGCCCGAGGCCUAGCCAACGUUAAUCGGUACCGCAAUUUGUUCGACUCAACCGACGACGGAACGAGCAGAGAUGCCCGGCUCCAUGGUUUCCAGCGAAGGCGCCGCGUCCUUCGGAGACCCCGUCGAAGUCGUGCAGGGUGACCGCAUCAGGCCGAAAGCUAUCUACCGCAGCCGGCAGUUUCGGCUUAUAAGCGUGGACUCCACGCGUUAUCGGUGGCGUUGUACUGUGUCUAACUGCUCGUCGCGGCUCAUGACUGACAAGUUCGAUGAAAAGCACGUGCUGUACAGCUUCAAGGAACACGAUGAAAACGAGCACCGCGCUGCCGAAGAACGGAGACACUCCGAUAAAACCUUCAAAAGUCAGGUAGUGAAGAAGGUCGGCGAAUUCCUAUACGUGCCGGAGAAGACUGUCGGAGACAUAAAGUGCUGGCGCUGCCGGUACGUGAGCUGCUCCGGACGGUGUCGCACCAGCCUCGACGGCAAGCAGCUGCUGAACGGGCCAACGCCGCACACAUGCCAGUCAUUCACCAGGGAAGAGCAAGCCAGGCCGCCGCAUGACCAAUCUCUCUCGAGUCAACACACGCCUAUAGGUCUAAGCCAAGGUGUGGCAGGUACCAGCACAGAUGCUAGCGAACACCAACGGGAGCAGCGCAGUGAGAAUGCAGCCGAGCACGCAGAACAUUUGUCAGCGUUUAGCCCGGAUGUUAUCUUGUGUGAACGACCUACGCUUCGCUUUCAAGCAUCAUCGACAGCCGUUAAUGCGAGUGCUACCGAAUCCGAUGGGGAUAGUAGAUCAGCCCAUGAGACCACCUCAAGGACCGCAGAGGUAGCUGGCGUACCACACGCGGAAGCAGGCCAAUCACAUCGCGUCCCGAGCCUCUUCGGCAGUCAGAAAUGGACCAGCACACCAACGAAACCCCGUGAGGCAGCCACAAGUGUCGAGGAAGCCGACAUGGUUGCGUCGUUUGACAUUAACAGCGACGAUGACACAUUGGACGAGGACGAACGCUCAAGAAGAGGUGACGACGAAUACAACGAUGCCGAGGGGCAUCUGCGUUCGCGCUUGAGAUACGGUCAGAACAACAUGUCAAGCAUCAGGAGUGCCGCGAACUCCGCGCAAGCGCUGGAAAUGAUGUCCAGCUCGUGCACAUGCGCCGAGCAGAAGCUCCGAGUAACGAUUUAUCAGCAGAUUUCCGCUGUGCUAAGUAUGGAGGCAGAUUUGCUGAGGGAACAGAUGCGCAACGAGGUCCGCAGAGGCAGGCUGCUCAUUAGCCAGAUAAAGAAAGGGCCCUCUGCGGCAGAGUGAUUGUGCUCCAGGCGACUGGGCCACCACUCCAGCAACUGACACGAAGGCGUUUGUGAAUGACAGUAAGGCGCAACACAGCAGCUCGGUGGCUACUUAAUGAGAUGCAUUUGGAAAGAAUAGCAACUCUCGUUACCGCGCGGUUCAUGUCUGCCAGCCACGUACGUGCGUGCUGCCCUGGCUCCAAGCAGGGUCACAAAUAAACGUUGAAUAGUAAAGUGUGGAGAAUGUAUGAUAAGACUUUUAGUGGUCACAAGUUCUCGCUAUAACGCCUAGAAAAAAUCAUGCAGCAAUAAGUAUGUGGUCACGGACACCGUUUUUGGCGGUCGGCUACAUGACACACACCUGCACAACAUUUCUCGUUUAGCACGUGCCCCAGAAAGAUCAUCGAAAAGCCACGAUUGUGAGAUAUGGGAUGGCGUGGUCCUGUGAAUAAUAUGCAGUUUUCCCCGCCAAAAUCGUUGAGGACUCCACCCUGUGGUCAAAAAAACGCUACAUGCCUCCACGUGCUCUUUUAUUUGACCUUGCGUUUGUCUCAACGCAAGAAAAAUAAGUUCCGACGUGCGACUGCAUUAGCUGUUCUGGUGCAACAGUGAGAAAUGUGGCACAUAACAGCGAAGGAGGUCGCAGACAUCGCUUUGAAGCAAAGGAGCAAGACCUUAAGUUUCUGUCAGUAAGAGCUCAUUUGGAUUUAAGUUCUGGCUCAGGCCAUGCUGACUAUCCGAAUUUUACUGGAAAGUCUUCAAGACCAGCGGCCGUUAGUCACUGGUGCAGUAAUAUCUUGAAAUCCAUAUACACCUAAAUAUUGAAACACAUCAAAUGUGGCAGAUG